CUCUCCAUCGGAGCCUCGGCCACACGUGCCGCACGAAAAUUCAAAGCUAAUAUUAGCACGCGGGAAACACGGUUUCAGCUUCAGGCGUUGAAGACGAUCCGACCCGAACGCCACUUCGGGUUUUUCCGUCGUAGGUGGGCAGGGCGGGCGGCGCGCGCCGGUUCGCGCCCUGGAAACCCUGCUACCUCAAUACACUAUUUACCAUCAUCUCUACUGCACGGUCUAAUUCUUUACUUUAUAAUCUACAAUAUUAAAUAUAAUAUUUUCAUCGAUACACUCAAAAAAGGACUAAGUUCGUAGUGAAUAGUGCAGAAUCAGUGCCAAAAACAGUUCGAUGGGAUGUCGCGCCUCUGAAAUGUAAAACAUCUGGCUGAAUCACAACAGGUAGCCUCACACAAAAUACGCAAUCAUGACCGUGGUAACGAAUCCCGCCCGUAGCAACUCUGAUGAGGAGAUCGAUCAAGAUCUUCAAGAUACUGGAGUCAAUAGUCCAACCGGCGAUAUCGACUACCUCGAUCCAGAGCGAUACCAGGAGUAUGAACCUGAACCGGACGACCCUAAUCGCCUUUACGAUGACGAGAAGCAGAGCGACAUCGUUUUUGUGGCCGGUAUUAACGGAGAUACGUGGCGUUACCCAGGACAUCGCCGCGUGCUCGCUGCCACUAGCCCUGUCUUCGCAGCUCUACUCUCCGCUAAAACUGACGUUAUUGUUGUCGAUUACGUCGACAGACGAGGCUUCGAGCAGCUUCUCCGGUAUCACUACUGCGAGCCUACCCAACUCAACUCCGUAGGUACAGCUCGAUGUGCUCUAGAUGCUGCUUAUAAAUUCUUAUGUCCUCCAUUAGCGGAACGAUGCGCACGUCGUCUUGACGAAAUGCUGGACGCUGGGGUUGCCCUAGAAAUUUUGAGAGAUCUUCGCUAUUUAUGCGCAAGACUUCCAGGCGCAGCAUCGGCUCCGCCGUUACCAGCUUUAACAAACGAUGCGGCCGCUAGGUCCCUAGCACAGUGCUCGCGUUGGUGUGACUCCUUAGCUCACAAUGCAUUACUCGUUCUAGACGAAAAUGCAGAUGCAGCAUUGACAGAUGAGCGACUUGAAGAAUUGACAUACGAGGACCUAGCGCUAAUAGUAAAGCGUGAUUCUCUGCGCCUGUCUAGUGAACUAGUGCUAGCAGAAGCUUUGUCACGUUGGGCAACAGCUGCUUGUAAACGUACUAAAAGGGAACUGACCUCAGCCAAUAAACGUGCUGCGUUGGGCGAGCUCGCUUAUUGUCCAAGGUAUUUGUUACUGUCAGGAGAGGAAUUGGAUCGUGCGCUUGGUUUAGAGCUUCUGGAGCCUAUGGAAAGGGCUCUGGUAACAGCUCGCGCUAAAAAGUUGUCCGCUCCGAUACCUGUUGGUGCUGAUCAAGAAUCGUUGCUCCGUCGAUGGGCUAGACCACGCCCUAUUGAGCCAGCUGCUCUUCCUGUACACCUUAGCCCUCGCUCUGAGCCCCCGCCAGAAGAGCCUCAGCCCAGCAAACUGUGUGCUCGUCGUCAGAAACGUCCGAAGCAGCCGUCUUUCAAUCCAGAUGAGAAAAACAAAAAAAGAGGAUGCUGUGCUUGCUUCGGUGAGGGCUUGUUGCGUGCAUUCAUAUGCCUGUUUGACUGAGAAAACGCAGCUGCAGCUGUAGAGGUAAUGCCGGUUGCUGAAGACUAUUAUUUCAGGAAUAAUGAAUACGUACCGCGUAUAUAAAUGAGUAGUGUCAUGAAUUGUCUAGGAGAGUUGGUUUGGUGGUUUUGCGUAAUGUAACGAGUGCGAGUAGGUAUUCGUAUUUGUGAGCUCCUCUAAAUUUUCAACUAUUCGCAAAUGGAAACGGCUGCUCGUUAAGAGGUGGCAAACCGACUGAUUGUAUAGUCGGUUUGUAUAAGCGUCUAGAAUAGGUACUUUUUAUUUAACAAAAAUAAUAGCAAAAUUAUACGUAUACCUACUUAUUAUAUAAUAAUACUGUGUAUUAUUACUUAAGAUGGCGAUAAAAUUUGCCAGCAUUUGUAUUUUUUUACGAAUUGCCGGAAUCUCAUUGGUAAUUAAUUACAUUACAAUCGAUUGAAAUUAUAUGUAUAAAGCUUUAUCAGUUUAUUAUUGAAGUUAUCGCAUAAAAUUUAGUACAACAACGCUUCAAGGGAGCCAGGUAACAUAAGACGGCAGCUGAAAGUUGUUUGUUUCAUUUGUUUUUGAAACAAGAGGGAAUUGUGAAGGGUUGAAAUAGAAAAUUAUUGACACAAUUGUCGUAGAGUUUGAAUUGAGCCCGCGGCGCAGCUGCGUUAGUUAAUAUAAUUGUGUAGUAGAACUUUUACGUGUCUAAUUGUUGUGAUACCAGUGUAACUAUUGUAUUACUUUGUUAAACUCAUUUUUCGUAUUUUAAUUACUCAACGAAUGAGUUUAUUACAUAUCAAAUUGUUCAACAAUUUGCAUUUAAUAAAUCUAUUUGCUAAGCAUUCGUGCACAAAUAUUUUUAUUGUUUAGAUGUAAUUGUAGGUAAAAUUUUGUUGCAUUUAUUAUUGUCGUUGGGCAAAAGAAGCUUGUUAUUUGAUGUAAUUGUUUUAGUCAUAUUAUUAGGUGAAGUAUUAAGUAAAACACUUCCAUUUGUUUAAAUACUUUGCUCCCUCUAGUCGUAUAUUAAGUACAUUAAUUUAUGUCGAGGGUAUUUAUGAUGAAUUAGUACCUAUUAGAUUAAGUAACAACUCAAAUAUUAAAUUAAUGUCUAUUCUUUCGCGAUUGCUCAGUGCGGUAAUUAUCGAAAGUGUGUAAAGUCAAUUGUGACUUGAGUAGUAUACUAGUAUUUGAAAAUUCAAUGUAGAUACUUUCUUAUAACAGACGUUCGUUGAACGGCACCUCUUAGCCUUUAAAACAAUGUGUUCUUAAAAUAUAACAGUGUCAAUAAAAUUUUGCUAAAACUAAUUUUAUUAUACCUACUCUUUGGACUGUGCCAUAUACUUAUUAAAAUCAUUAAUGCUCUUAACAUUAGUAAGAAAUAUAUGCAUUACUUGUUUUUCAAGUUAGACGCUUUUUAUGAUAUAUUAGUUUAUUACCAAUUUACCUUUCUGCAUAGUACGUUAUAAAC